CAACAGUCUCCGCUGAACGUCGAGUGUAACUCGACGGCACAGCGUCCCCUAAGGGCCGAUUCCGGCGGCCUUGAUUCCCGACGCCAGAAACCAACACAAUGUCGACAACAGCUGGCGCCUUCAUAGCAGGCGGCAUCGCUGCCUGCGGCGCCGUGACGGCGACGCACCCCUUCGAGACGGUCGAGAUCCGCAUGCAGUUGCAGGGCGAGCUCCAGGACAAUGGUGGCGUACUCCGUACAGGGAGAGGGGCGACGGAAAGCUGUGCAUGGGUGGUUAAAACUCUUGAAAAGCGAGCGAUGGUGAAGAAACUGGGCUCUGCCCGAGCAAGAGCCUCUUGGGUCUGGAGGGGCUGCGGGGUCGACAAGGGGGUGAGGUUGUCCGAGGAUAGAGAAACGGGUGAGACGGAAGUCUCCAGCUGUGAUGUGGAUGGCCGGUAGGGAAUACAACUACAGGUGUCUAUUGUUGUUGUCA